GGUGGGGGGUUGAUCGAAGAAACCGACGUCAAGCAUCCGUAGCAGCACAGUCAUUGCGGCCUUCAGAUUCCCAAACAGCAACAGGUCGGUGACGUUGCUUCUGUCUCCUUGAGAUGGCUCGCUCUGUCCUCCUCACUGACCACACCUCUCUCUCUCUCUCUCUCUGGCCGAAGGGAACGCAGGGGUGGUAGUGACCACACCCGCCAUGUGAGUGUCUCUGAAGCGCACACAGGGAUCUUUUCCUCGCUUCUGUCUCGUUGGCCCCAACCCACGAGCCAAUCCAGGAAAAGGAGAGGGAAAAGUCCAAGACUGCAGACACUGCCGCAAAAGGACGUAACCCCCAUGCGUGCCACUGUGCAUGAUAACACACCGAGGCCAGUAGUAAAAGAAAAAGCUGCUACUGUUGAUGGUUACUCAAGGUAGAAGCCUGACCACGGAAAGGCUGCAUGGAUCCACGACGAAGGCCUGAAGGGGGAGCCGGUGAUUGAGCUCAGCCCCAUUCCCACCUCCCCAUCAUUCCUCCCUAGUUCCUGAAUCACCAUAACAAGUGAAAGUAGGCAACAGCGACAACAAAAGAACAGCCACAACAGCGACAAGAGAAAGAGAGGAAGGGAGGGGGUGGAGGGGCCUGACCAGUGCAAGAAGUAGGGUCAUUUGGCAGUGGGGUGGAUGUGGCAGAGAGAGAGAGAGAGAGAAGAGAAAGAGAGAGAAAAGGUUCGCUGACCUGUUACAGCAGAUCUAAGAUCUAUCCGUCCGCUCACCAGCGUCUCUCCUGUGACCAAAAGGAAGACACGGAGGGAGGGGAAGUAUAGAGAGGAAAACGGGGCCAUUUGCGAGUCAAGGCGAACAUAUGCAGGGCGAAGUAACCGCAGAUGAUGGCGUUGCAGCCGAAGAGGGCUCGAGAAGAAGAGAAAAAGCUGUUCGCGUCUUUGGGAACGGAGUUGGACAGUGCCUAGGAGCUGAAGCCAUUUAAGAACUGCAAGUGAGAGGAGAGAGAGAGCGAGAGAGCGAGAGAGAGAGAAGCUUUCUAUUGGUUGAUAUAAGAGGAGGGUGGGAAGUGGGGAUUGCUCGACUCAAGUGGCUCAAUCAUGGACGCCUACGAGGCGACGAGGAUAGUGCUAUCCAGGAUCCAAAGCCUGGAACCGGAGAACGCCCCCAAGAUCAUGGGGCUGCUCCUGCUGCAGGAGCACGGCGAGAACGAGAUGAUCCGCUUGGCCUUCGGCCCGGAGACCCUCCUUCACUCCGUGGUCUUGAAAGCCAAGAAGGAGCUUGGCCUCGCGCCGCCAUCCUCCGCCCCCGGCACGCCUCCCGUAGCAGGCGGCGCGGCUUCUCCCUUCCUCCUGCGCCAGAAGUCCGCCUCGCGCCUGCUCUCCGGUGGGCUUCCUCCUCCCCCGCUCACCGUAUCCUCCCCCUCCUCCUGGGCUCCGCCCUCCGUGUUCUCCGGCUCUAACAGCAGCGGUGGCGGCAACGGUUUGAAUGUGCCGUUAGACGAACUACUGAACUCCGACGAGCUCAUUAGCCCCGGUAGUCUCGGUGUCUCGCCCUUCUAUGGAUGUGGCGGUGACCUCAUCGAUGAGUUCCGCCUCCCAGACCAUCUCUCCUUCCUCGGCGACCCCACCGCUGCGGCUACUCCCAACCACUCCCUUUCCCUCGCCUCGACGCCUGGCGGCGGCGACGUGUUCCGCGCAGACAUCGAGUGCCGAAGCCCCAGCAGCAACGGAGACGGUGCGCUCUUCCCUAACGGGCUGGGCUGGGGGGUCAACGGCUACCACCACCGCCGGAGCUGCUCAGCCGCGGACCUCAGCCUCGGCGACGCCGCUGCCGGGUUCGGUUGGAAGCCGUGCCUCUAUUUCGCGAGAGGCUACUGCAAGAACGGCACUGCGUGCCGGUUCUUCCACGGGCUUCCGGAGGAGGCUGCUGGAACCAAGAUGGACGCGGUGGUGGAGCAGCAGUGUCAGGAGCUUCUGCUGAGGUCCAAAAGCCAGAGGAUCGGCGGCGCCUCGCAGCUCGUGACUUCCGCGUUCCCGUACUCUCCCACGGAUUCGAUGCCACCAUCUCCGUCGUCGUCGUCCUCGAGCAAAUGCCUCAGCUUCUUGCUUCAGCAGCAGCAAAAUGACAGCCAAAGGGCGGCAGCAGCGGCGGCGGCGCUGAUGCUGGGAGGAGAAGAGGCCCAUAGGUUCAUGGCCAGAUCAAGAAUGGAGAGAAGCGAUCUGAUGGGCAACCCUGGUUCGAGGCAGAUCUACUUGACCUUCCCAGCUGACAGCACGUUCAGGGAAGAGGAUGUCUCCAACUACUUCAGCAUCUACGGGCCGGUGCAAGACGUGAGGAUCCCGUACCAGCAGAAGAGGAUGUUCGGCUUCGUGACCUUCGUCUACCCCGAUACCGUGAAGGUGAUCUUGGCCAAGGGGAACCCGCACUUCGUCCGCGAUUCCCGGGUUCUCGUCAAGCCCUACAAGGAGAAGGGAAAGGUUCCCGACAAGUACAGGAAUCUGCAGCAGCAGGCUGAGAGAAGUGAUCCCUCCGGGUGUACGACUCCUACCGCCAUGGACGCCAGAGAAGCCUAUGAUCUUCAACAGCUUGGAGCAAGGAUGCUGUACAACAGCAGCAGCGUCAGCCAGCAGAUGCUGAGAAGAAAGCUAGAGGAGCGGCAACAAGCAGCGGAGGCGCUGCAGCGAGCCAUCGAGCUGCAAGGAAGGCGAUUUAUGGGCCUCCAAUUCCUCGACCUAAACAGCAGAAGCCUCUCCUCCUCAGCCCCGGCCUGCAUCAACUCCCCUUCCAUCACCACCGUCACUCAAUCAAGUAGCAAUGUGGACAGCAGCUGCAAUGGCAGCAAUAGCAGCAGUAGUCAGGAGGACUCACCAACCAAAGACAAGUGCCUCGGAGUCGCUGCACCGGAAGAGAAGGUGAACAGUUUCCUCGGGUUACUGCACAGGAAGGCAGAGAACGAGGAGUCUGCUGGUGAGGCCAACCUCAACGAAGACGGUGAUUUCCAAGAAAGUGCCGAGCAUAACUUGCCUGACAGCCCAUUUGCUUCACCGACCAAGUCUUCGUUCUCGCUCGACUCAUUCUCCACCGUAGAAGACAUGUCUGCUUCUUACAUUCCAACUAAUAACAGCAGCAGCAACAACAACAAGAACAAUCUAAUUUCCGCCACAUUGCUUCCCACCACCUCUUCCUUGGACAAGUCCUCCUCAUUGAGUCCAUGCUUCCUCCAAAUGCCAAGGUUCUCCUCGGGCCAUGGAGCAAUUGGAAUGUAAGCCACAGCCUCUUCCCUCUUCAUCUACUGAAGACUCCACCAAUAGCAGGCAACACCUAGUAAAGCAAAAAGCAUAGUGGAACAUAGGAAAAGAAAAGUUGCAGAAUGGUUAAAGUCUCAUGCUAUCUUCCUUUCUUUUUCUCCUCUUCCCUUUUCCUUUCCCUUCUCCUUUUUCUUCUUCUUCUUCUUCUUCUUCUUCUUCUUCUUCUUCUUCUUCUUCUUCUUGUGAUCAUCUUUUAAGUGUAAGCUUUAUAGUAAACCUUCCAUUGGCCUCCCUAUAGCCACUCAAUCUUAGCGGAAGCUUGGGCAUGGGAAGGCUCAGCUUCAGCAGUCUGUGAGCAAUCAUUCAGCUAAUACACCUCCACAAUACAUCCCUUGCUACCACUAAUCAUUGCCAUCGCCAUAGUAGCUCUAGUUACCCAUCACCACCCACCAAGAGAAGACAGCAAUCUCUCAUACCAAGUACAGAAACCCAAACCGUGACACAAGGCCGCACUGGUUUCUGGAGGGAAUUAGGUCAGCGAAAGGGAGCAGAAGGACCACUUGGAAGUUUAGUGCCAAGGACAUGAAGAGCCACAGACAGAGCUGGAGUUGUCCAUGUUCUCCUCUGCCAUGCCCUCUCUCUCUCUCUCUCUCUCUCUCUCUCUCUUCUCCCUUCGAUGGCUUUCACUUUUACUUUUUCUUAUUUUCCGUGGUGAUCCAAUGUAGCUGACAUCACUGUAGACAGAGAAAAGGAUUCAUAAGAAACUACAAAUAAUUUCACUUCCUUUUUC